UUUCCCAGAACAGUAAUGUGAAAGCUGAGCUAAAGGUUCUUUCUUUAAUUCACCACUCGGGUCCUGGAGAACAAAUUUUGGUCACCUGGGACGAAGAAAAGGUGAACCUGAGAUUAUGGCUGAAGCUCUGGAUUUGUCCGGAGGGCUGAGGAUCGUCCUGGUGGGCAAGACUGGCUCGGGAAAGAGUGCGUCGGGAAACACCAUCCUGGGGAGAGCGGCCUUCAGAGAAGACCCCAGCCCAGUUUCUGUGACCAAACACUGUGAGACGCAGAGCGGCGAAGUGGACGGGACACCGGUCCAAGUCAUUGACACUCCGGGGCUGUUCGACACAGGCAUCACAGAGGAGGAACUGAAAGGUAGGAUAGAGGAGUGCGUCAAGAUGUCGGUGCCGGGCCCCCACGCCUUCCUUCUGGUGAUCAGGCUCGGCGUCAGGUUCACAGAGGAAGAGAGGAACGCCGUGAAGUGGAUCCAGGACAACUUUGGGGACGACGCCUCCAUGUACACCAUCAUGCUCUUCACGUGUAAGGACCAGGCCAAAGCCGACAACGCCCUGAAGGAGUGCAAAGAGCUGCGGAGGCUCUCCAUCACGUUCGGGCGCCGAUACCACGCCUUCAACAACAACGACGCCGAGGACCGCGCGCAGGUCUCGGAGCUGGUCGGCAUGAUCAAAGAAAUGGUACAGGACAACGGGGGGAAACACUACACCAACGAGAUGUACGAGAAGGCCCAGAGGAAGCUGCGGGAGGAGGAGGAGAGGAUGAAGCAAGAGGAGGAGGAGAAGAAAGAGGAAGAGAGGAAAAUGUGGGACGCGGAGAGGGAGAAAGAGCAGAAAGAGAGGGAAAAGAAGAAAAAAGUUAGGAGAAAGAAUAUACGAGUGGCCACAGCCGCUGCCGUGGUCCUGGUGCUGGCGGGCGUGGUCAUCGCCGUGGGGGCCGAUUUGACCGUGGCGUUGGCUUUGGGAGCUCCUGCACUCGUUCUCGGGGUGCUGUGUGGAUUUUUUGCCAUUUCUAUAUGGAAAGGCAUAAAAUGCAAGCCUAAAGCCAACAGCCCUGUGUAAAAACUAAUAAAGCUUAAUUAGACCAAAACACUGUUUAGGACUACAUAAGUAUUCAUACAUCUUGGUCUUUUCAUUUUGCAUCAUGCGUCUAAAGUUAAAACAAUUUAAACCAAAGUAGCUGCGAAAUAUGUGAAUAUAGCGUUGAUGGUAAACAGGAGGUAUGAAAGGUAUGUCUUUUUUUGGUUUAUUUUCAUGACAUUUAUUGUUUGAAUGUAAGUUAUA